AAUCGAAAAAUUUCCAACUCGAUAUCAUGUUUUUGAACAGACAGAGUAUAAAAAGUGGGUAUUUACUUUGAUGUUUGGAAGGCGAGAGUGUUUAGACCUGAGAUCACUUGACCAACAACAGAUUCAUGAUGUCAAAUCCACUCAUCAACCAUAUAUUCGUGCAACAGGUUUUGGACAUGCUACAAGAGUAGUUCAAAUAGCAUCAGAUAUAUUAUCAUUAUCUCGUAAACAUACAGUGUACAUAAUUUCCAAUGCUCCUCGUUUUAUUUUUCAAGGUGCAAUAGAUAAAGGUGCAUGUUAUAGGCAUGCACUGAUAGAUUCUGGAGUUCAACAACCUCGCGCAUAUACAGUUGAUAGGCAACGAACAAUUGAUGAUUUGAUAACUUUUAUAAAGAAUAGACCGGAAAUGAUUGAAAAGGAAGCUAAUUGGCUGAAAGAAGUUAAAGCUGAUAUUGUAUUAUCAGAUGCGCCAUUUUUACCAUGUGCAGCUGCAUCAACAGCAGGAAUACCGUCAGCGAUUGUUAGCAAUUUUACAUUUGAUGCGGUGUAUAAUGGGUUAUGCGAAGGAGAUGAAUUAGAUAUUACUAUCAAAAAACUCGUAGAACAAGUUAUAGAAGAUUACAAAAAUUCAGGAUUACUAAUCAGGCUACCAGUUAUUGAUGUGCCAUUAGUAGUAAGGAAAAGCAAAACACCAAGAGAUAUUGUAUUGAAAAACCUUGGAAUACCAGAAGAAAUAUUUACAACACAUAAAGUUUUAAUGGUAUCAUUUGGAGGACAAAAUUUAGUUGAUAUAGAAAAAUGGGGAAAUCCAUUACCUGAUAAUUGGAUUGCAAUUGUCUGUGGUGGUUCAUGUGAUAAAUUACCAGAGAAUUUCUACAAUUGCCCAAAAGAUGCUUAUAUACCUGAUUUAACUAAUGCAGCUGAUGCUGUAAUGGAAUGUAUUGGGCAUUCAAAGCCCUUUAUUUAUGUUCCAAGACCUCAAUUUAUAGAAGAGUUAGGUUUGCUUAAAUUAAUGCAGUUUCAAGGCAUAAGUUUAGAAAUGUCUAGAGAAAGAUUUGAAAAUGGAGAAUGGAGAUCACAUAUAUUAGAAGCCUACAAUAUGUCAAAAAAUACAAAAAAAAGGCAUAAACCAAAAAUCGAAAAAUUAAAACAUAAUGGAGGAAAAGUUGCAGCUGAAAUAUUAGAAAAAUAUUUGGACGAGAAAUAUAAUGAUGACAAAAGUAAUAGCAAUAGCAAUAGUGUUUCUGUUUUUGCAAGUUUAAAAGAACUAAGAAACAAGAAACGAAAAUCAACUUCAUUAACUAGUACCAAGAAUACUAAUAAUGAUGAUAAUAAUAAAAAUAUUAUUAUUAUGUCUGUUUCAUGA